CUUGCGCUCUGCCAGCAGGAUGCUCUGACAGCAAUACCCGCUCCCUCCCCACCUGCCUGCUUGGGAUGGUACAGUCUGCAGAGGGGCUCCUGUAAUGUAGCUCGGCUUAUCAAUCCCUUACAGAUGCCGAACAGUGAUUACUCCGCUGUAUAAUUGAAAUCAUUUUGGAUUUGUGAUGAUAUCUUAGCCAAGUCCACAGGAAGAAAUGACCAUGUAGAUUCUACAGCUUGAGAGCAGCAUAAUGGGAAACAGUGGAUGGAGUGGAGCUGGUCUGCAGCCUUGAGAGCAGCCUUUCUGCGGACCGCUAGUCAAGUCAGGGACAGCUUGCACGUCAGAGGCAUUCUCCACUUCGCCUGCUGGACAAACUGGAUUCUUUUUAAUUUCUUAGGUUGGAAUUUGAGAUUUCUUUCCUUCAAUUUUUAAACACUUUUAAGAUUGUAUCAACUAUAAAGAGUGGAGCAAUAUAAUCAGCAACAAUGGGUGACAUGACAAACAGCGAUUUUUAUUCCAAGAACCAAAGAAACGAGGCCAACCAUGCAGGAGAGUUUGGGUGCACGCUGCAAGAACUGCGCUCCCUCAUGGAACUGCGAGGAACAGAAGCAGUAGUAAAAAUUAAAGAGACAUAUGGGGAAACAGAGGGGCUCUGCAGACAUCUGAAGACAUCACCAACAGAAGGAUUAUCUGGCACUGCUGCAGACCUAGAAAAAAGAAAGCUUAUUUUUGGGAAAAACUUUAUACCUCCAAAGAAGCCAAAAACAUUCUUACAGCUAGUCUGGGAAGCGCUACAGGAUGUGACUCUUAUAAUCUUGGAAAUUGCAGCCAUCAUAUCUUUGGGGCUUUCGUUUUAUCAGCCACCUGGAGAAGGGAAUGAAGGAUGUGGUACUGCGACAGGAGGAGCUGAAGAUGAAGGUGAGGCUGAAGCUGGAUGGAUUGAAGGUGCUGCCAUCCUACUCUCUGUUAUUUGUGUUGUACUCGUCACUGCCUUUAAUGACUGGAGCAAGGAGAAGCAGUUUCGUGGGCUUCAAAGUCGUAUCGAGCAGGAACAGAAGUUUACUGUUGUCCGAGGUGGACAGGUUAUUCAAAUCCCAGUGGCAGAGAUAGUAGUUGGUGACAUUGCACAGGUGAAAUAUGGUGAUCUCCUACCUGCUGAUGGGAUAUUUAUUCAAGGAAAUGAUCUUAAAAUUGAUGAAAGUUCUUUAACUGGAGAGUCAGACCAAGUCCGCAAAUCUGUUGACAAAGACCCAAUGCUACUGUCAGGUACUCAUGUCAUGGAAGGCUCUGGACGAAUGCUGGUAACUGCUGUGGGUGUGAAUUCUCAGACAGGCAUCAUCUUUACUCUGUUAGGUGCUGGAGGAGAAGAAGAAGAAAAGAAAGAUAAGAAAGGUAUGAAACAGGAGGAUGGACACCAGCUUCCAGUAGAUUCUUCCCAUCCCUCCUCCCACCCUUCUUCAGCUACAGAUGGUGCAGCAGGUGCAAAUGCCACUGAUAAUGCAAAUGCCAGCUUAGUCAAUGGCAAAAUGCAGGAUGGGAGUAUGGAGAACAGCCAGAACAAAGCCAAGCAGCAGGAUGGGGCUGCGGCCAUGGAGAUGCAGCCGCUGAAGAGUGCAGAAGGGGGAGAGGGAGAUGACAAAGACAAGAAGAAGGCCAACAUGCACAAGAAGGAGAAAUCUGUCCUCCAGGGAAAGCUGACCAAGCUGGCAGUCCAGAUAGGCAAAGCAGGUUUGGUGAUGUCUGCCAUCACUGUAAUCAUUUUGGUACUAUAUUUUGCCAUUGACACCUUUGUGAUCAACAAGAAACAGUGGUUGCCUGAGUGCACGCCCGUCUAUGUUCAGUAUUUUGUUAAAUUCUUCAUUAUUGGUGUUACUGUGCUUGUGGUUGCUGUUCCUGAGGGACUUCCACUUGCCGUCACUAUUUCUCUUGCUUAUUCUGUAAAGAAAAUGAUGAAGGAUAACAAUCUGGUCCGCCACUUAGAUGCCUGUGAAACUAUGGGUAAUGCUACAGCCAUCUGCUCUGACAAAACAGGGACGCUAACAACAAAUCGGAUGACAGUCGUGCAAGCCUAUGUCGGUGAUGUCCACUACAAAGAGAUCCCUGACCCAGAUUCUGUACCCGCCAAAACCCUCGAUUUGCUGGUUAAUGCAAUUGCUAUCAACAGUGCUUACACUACAAAAAUCCUGCCACCAGAAAAAGAGGGUGGGCUGCCUCGCCAGGUAGGCAAUAAGACAGAGUGUGGCCUCUUGGGGUUUGUCCUGGAUUUGAAGCAGGAUUAUGAGCCUGUUCGGAGCCUAAUUCCUGAGGAGAAGCUCUAUAAAGUUUACACUUUCAACUCUGUGCGAAAGUCAAUGAGUACUGUCAUUAAAAUGCCAGAUGGUAGUUUCCGAAUGUACAGCAAAGGAGCUUCUGAAAUUGUUCUGAAGAAGUGUUCCAGGAUCCUUAAUGCAGCUGGUGAACCUCGUAUCUUCAGACCACGUGACCGUGAUGAAAUGGUGAAGAAAGUGAUUGAACCCAUGGCCUGCGAUGGACUGAGGACUAUCUGUGUUGCUUUCCGAGACUUCAGCAGCAGUCCCGAACCUGACUGGGAUAAUGAAAAUGACAUUUUAUCUGACCUGACUUGCAUUUGUGUUGUUGGCAUUGAAGACCCAGUAAGGCCAGAGGUCCCUGAAGCCAUAAGAAAGUGCCAGCGAGCUGGAAUUACAGUCCGCAUGGUCACUGGAGACAACAUCAAUACAGCGCGUGCCAUUGCCAUAAAAUGUGGGAUCAUUCAUCCAGGAGAAGACUUUCUCUGCCUCGAAGGGAAAGAUUUUAACAGAAGGAUUCGAAAUGAGAAGGGGGAGAUUGAGCAAGAACGGAUUGACAAAAUCUGGCCAAAGCUGCGAGUGCUUGCUCGCUCAUCUCCCACUGACAAACACACUUUGGUAAAAGGUAUUAUUGACAGCACACAGGUGGAACAGAGGCAGGUUGUAGCUGUGACUGGUGAUGGAACCAAUGAUGGACCAGCACUUAAAAAAGCUGAUGUUGGCUUUGCGAUGGGUAUUGCUGGUACAGAUGUCGCAAAGGAAGCCUCAGAUAUUAUCCUAACAGAUGACAAUUUCAGUAGCAUUGUGAAGGCUGUAAUGUGGGGCCGUAAUGUCUAUGACAGUAUCUCCAAGUUCCUGCAGUUCCAGCUCACUGUGAACAUCGUGGCUGUGAUUGUGGCUUUCACUGGAGCGUGCAUUACCCAGGACUCUCCUCUAAAAGCUGUGCAGAUGUUGUGGGUCAAUCUAAUCAUGGACACCUUCGCCUCGCUUGCACUGGCCACCGAACCCCCGACAGAAGCCCUAUUGCUACGAAAGCCAUAUGGCAGAAACAAGCCCCUUAUAUCACGCACCAUGAUGAAGAACAUCCUGGGCCAUGCUGUUUAUCAGCUUACUCUCAUAUUCACGCUCCUUUUUGUUGGUGAGAAAAUGUUUAAGAUUGACAGUGGGAGAAAUGCACCACUUCACUCUCCUCCUUCAGAGCACUACACCAUUAUCUUCAACACCUUCGUCAUGAUGCAGCUGUUCAAUGAAAUCAACGCACGCAAAAUCCAUGGCGAGAGAAAUGUCUUUGAUGGCAUCUUCAGAAAUCCUAUUUUUUGCACUAUUGUACUGGGUACAUUUGCUAUUCAGAUAGUAAUUGUCCAGUUUGGAGGAAAACCGUUUAGCUGUUCUCCCCUGCAGCUUGACCAGUGGAUGUGGUGUGUAUUUAUUGGAUUAGGAGAACUUGUAUGGGGUCAGGUCAUUGCAACCAUCCCAACAAGUAGGCUAAAGUUUUUAAAGGAGGCAGGGCGGCUCACUGAAAAAGAGGAAGUCCCUGAAGAAGAGCUCAAUGAAGAUGUUGAAGAAAUUGAUCAUGCAGAGAGAGAACUUCGACGUGGACAAAUUCUCUGGUUCAGAGGGCUCAACAGAAUCCAAACCCAGAUCCGCGUCGUGAAGGCAUUCCGUAGCUCUCUCUAUGAAGGUUUAGAAAAACCAGAAUCUAGAACCUCUAUUCACAACUUUAUGACUCAUCCUGAGUUUAGGAUAGAAGAUUCCCAGCCCCACAUCCCACUCAUUGAUGACACAGACCUAGAAGAAGACCCUGCUCUCAAGAAAAACUCAAGUCCACCAUCUUCGCUGAACAAGAACAACAGUGCUAUCGACAGUGGAAUAAAUCUUACAACUGACACAAGUAAAUCAGCUACCUCUUCUAGUCCAGGAAGCCCAAUACAUAGCCUGGAGACAUCACUUUAGCUGAAAAGGUCACUGCAAAAAAUUAAAAUAAAAUAAAAUAAUAAAAAAAGGCAACCGAAAUAUAUAAAUAUAUAUAUUAAAAACAUUGCUGGCUGAAAAGCUGUUUGAACUCUUACUCGCUCUGAGACAAGUGAAUGAUUUGUUGAUCACAAUGGUUUGGGGGAAAGAAUGAAUGGCUGAUUUACAUACCUUCUCUUGUUCCCUUUCAGAAAAACAAAAACAAAUCCUCCUGCAUGAAUGUACUGUAUACUUCCAGCCCUUCUUUCUCUCUUUUUAUUUCUUUCUUUUUUUUUUUUUUUUCUUCCCUAAGCAGGAACUGCAGAGGACUUCUUUCUGAGGCUAUUUAUCCAAUUCACUGGUCUGUGAGUUUUUUGAAACGCUUGUGUGGCAUGGACUCAGUUGUAUAGAUUAAUUUAU